AUGAAUCAAAUGGAUCAAACAAAAUUCUGCUGUUCAGUCUGUUUGGAUCUACUGAAGGAUCCGGUGACUAUUCCCUGUGGACACAGCUACUGCAUGAACUGUAUUAAAAGCUUCUGGGAUGAAGAGGAAAAGAAGAAAAUCUACAGCUGCCCUCAGUGCAGACAGACUUUCACACCGAGGCCUGUCCUGGUGAAAAACACCAUGUUAGCAGAUUUACUGGAGGAGCUGAAGAAGACUGGACUCCAAGCUGCUCCUGCUGAUCACUGCUAUGCUGGACCUGAAGAUGUGGCCUGUGAUGUCUGCACUGGAAGAAAAAUGAAAGCCUUCAAGUCCUGUCUGGUGUGUUUGGUCUCUUACUGUGAGAAACAUGUUAAGCUUCAUUAUGAAUGUCCUGCAUUUGACAAACACAAGCUGGUGGAGCCCUCCAAGAAGCUCCAGGAGAACAUCUGCUCUCGUCAUGAUGAGGUGAUGAAGGUGUUCUGCCGUACUGAUCAGCAGAGUAUCUGUUAUCUCUGCUCUGUGGAUGAACAUAAAGGCCACGACACAGUCUCAGCUGCAGCAGAAAGGACUGAGAGGCAGAGAGAGCUGGAGGUGAGUCGACAAAACAUCCAGCAGAGAAUCCAGGACAGAGAGAAAGAUGUGAAGCUGCUUCAACAGGAGGUGGAGGCCAUCAAUCAGUCUGCUGAUCAAACAGUGGAGCACAGUGAGAAGAUCUUCACUGAGCUGAUCCAUCUCAUCCAGAAAAGAAGCUCUGAUGUGAAGCAGCAGAUCAGAUCCCAGCAGGAAACUGAAGUGAGUCGAGUCAAAGAGCUUGAGGAGAAGCUGGAGCAGGAGAUCACUGAGCUGAAGAGGAAAGAUGCUGAGCUGAAGCAGCUCUCACACACAGAGGAUCACAUCCAGUUUCUACACAACUACCCCUCACUGUCAGCACUCAGUGAGUCUACAGACUCAUCCAGCAUCAAUAUCCGUCCUCUGAGCUACUUUGAGGAUGUGACAGCAGCUGUGUCAGAGGUCAGAGAUAAACUACAGGACAUUCUGAGAGAGGAAUGGACAAACAUCUCACUGACAGUCACUGAAGUGGAUGUUUUACUGUCAGAUCCACUAGAGCCAAAGACCAGAGCUGGAUUCUUAAAAUAUUCAUGUGAAAUCACACUGGAUCCAAACACAGCACACAAACAGCUGUUAUUAUCAGAGGGGAACAGAAAAGUAACAUUAAUCAAUCAAAAACAGUCUUAUUCUGAUCAUCCAGACAGAUUCACUGGACCGUGGCAGCAGGUCCUGAGUAGAAAGAGUCUGACUGGACGUUGUUACUGGGAGGUGGAGUGGAGAGGGAGAGGAGGUUAUGUAGCAGUCGCAUACAAGAAUAUCAGCAGAGCAGGGAAUGGGAAUGAAUGUGGAUUUGGACAUAAUGACAAAUCUUGGUCAUUAGAUUGUAACAACAACAGUUAUACAUUUUGGUACAACAACAUCCAAACUCGUGUCUCAGGUCCUCGUUCCUCCAGAGUAGGAGUGUACCUGGAUCACAGAGCAGGUAUUUUGUCCUUCUACAGCGUCUCUGAAACCAUGACUCUCCUCCACAGAGUCCAGACCACAUUCACUCAGCCGCUCUAUGCUGGACUGACGUUUUACUACACUGCAGUUGGAGACACUGCUGAGUGGAAGAGAGGUAAGUGACGGAAGUGACGGACAAGGUAAGCGACUCAUGUUGUAACUGACGUCAGACGCCGGAGAUUUUGGCGGAAAAUUAAGCAAAUGGUAGUUUAGAUUUGUACAAAUUCCUUUAAGCUUCAGUAUUACCAAAUACACUUAUCAAUUGUCUUAUAACUAACAAUAUUUGUCUUAAUAAUCUCCAACACCCUGGAGAACAACGGGGAGAGUUUAGAGGCUCUCCAAGAUUACAUUGAUCAGUGCUUUCAGGAUCUCGUGAUGAAGAAGGCCCAGAGUGCAUCUUCCCCGGCCAAAUCUGAGACGCCAUCGUCGAAAAGACUUCGCCCGGCAGAUUCCCCCGGCACAACAUCGCCAGCCGGCAAAGAUAUUGCCGACAUACUGGAGUCAAUCGACAAGCGAUUGUCCAGCUUCGACGCAAGGCUGUCCUUGGUGGAGAUUCUUCACCGGGAAUUUAAAUGCUUGCGAGAAUCCCUGGAGUUCAGCCAGCAGCAGAAGCCGCUGGAGAGGACGCGGAGGCCACGGUAAAAAGCUUCAUCAAAAACCACCUGAAGCUGCCGGAGGACACGGUGAAGAACAUCGUCUUCGAUAGGGUGCAUCGCCUCGGCCCCAUUCGGGCUACGGCCGGGAGACCACGUCCUAUCGUGGCCAAAUUCGGCCACUUCAAACAAAAGGAACAUGUGAAAAGCCGCGGCAGGGAAUUAAAAGGAACGGACUUCAGCGUGAACG